AUGUACGCGCGAUACAUCCCUCCGGCGAAGGAACCGAGUAGGAGUAAGCCGACUUCAGAUCCUGUCGCUUUCUCACCUUCGGCCGUCGCAGUGCCGCCUCCCAGCUCCGCGACACCCUACGCGCGAUACAUUCCCCCACCCAAACCGAAGGCAGAGCCUUCUACGCUCAAGAGGAAGAUCGUUUUCGACUAUGAGGAUGUUCCUGUAGCUGAAACUACGUCGAAGAAGCGCUCGAAGCGAGAUCAGACGGAAUUGGCAAAGACAGACGGAGAUUUGAUCAACAGUCCUGAUGAAGCAUCAGACUCUGUCACUCCGGGGAGCUCCAGGAAGAGCGAGGAGGCGAUUACGCGUGGUGAAAACUCUACCAGUCUCUCAACAGAACCGAGCAAACAUGUCACAUCUUUACAAGAAUCGCCAGCAGAGAAUGGGAGCACGGCAGCAUUACAAUCCAAAUCUAAGUCGAAGGACAAGAAGGCCAAAGCCAGUACUGGCAAUACUGUGCAUGACGAAACUGAUGCGGUAGAAGGCCGUUACAAGGCGGUCUUAGCGAAGAAGGAGAAGUCGUUGACACGGACGAGAAAUCUCGAUGAAGCGGCCACUCACUCAGCGGUAGAAGGGGCAGAUUCUGCUCUCGACUCGACCUUGGUGGCUGAACCAGUCGAAGCCAAAGGCCUCGAACCCCUCCCACAACCAGAGCCGAUACCUAUUGACAGAUCGAAGCCAUCAUACGAAACCCUGCCGCCAUGGCUGGCUGAGCCCAUUCGAGUUUCUCCAGAGACUCGAGCGCCCUUUUCAUCGUUAGGCGUCGACCCAGAACACGGAAUACCGCCGCUCGUUGAGAAGGCUCUGCGUGAGAAGGGAUGGACAGACGCGUUCGCCGUCCAGACAGCCGUCAUCCCGCUAUUAUUGCCAGGGUGUGGACGGCAAGGAGAUUUGGUGAUCUCCGCCGCCACAGGAUCCGGCAAGACCUUGGCAUACGUUCUUCCAAUGAUGCGCGACCUGAGUCGGGCAUUGACUACGAAAUUGCGCGGACUGAUUGUUGUCCCUACAAGAGAACUUGUCCAGCAAGCCAAGGAGGUCUGCGAGGCCUGCGCCACGGCGUUUGCGACAUCCAACAGGCGCCGCGUAAAGGUUGGUGUAGCCAUGGGCAGCCAGUCUCUAGAGAAGGAACAGUCUUCGAUCAUGGAAGAAUAUCAAAGAUACGACCCCUUGGGUUACCAGCGGUAUUGCGAAGCGCGGGCAAGAUGGCCUUUUGGUGACGAUUCAUACCUGGCCAAGGACGCCACUCGGCACUCGACCAGACCAUUGCCAGAACAUGUUGUUGAGCAUAUACCCAAAGUUGACGUCUUGAUCUGCACUCCAGGUCGUCUAGUCGAGCACAUCAAGUCGACUCCCGGGUUCAGUCUCGACUUUGUUCGAUGGCUUGUCAUUGACGAAGCGGACAAGCUAUUAGGUCAGAGCUUCCAGCAAUGGCUCGAAGUGGUGAUGGAGAAGCUAGGCGACCCCAAGCAUACCGGCCUGCGAGAGUUUGCCGACUCCAACAAGAAUGGAGUUCGAAAAGUUGUGCUCAGCGCCACAAUGACCAAGGAUCUCAGCUUGCUCAACGGCUUGCGGCUGAGUAGACCGAAACAUAUCGUUCUGGAAGGUACGAAGACGGAAGAAGCUGGCGACUUCGUCUUACCAGACCUCCUCGAAGAAUUCGGCCUGAAGAUCCGGGAGGAAUCUCAAAAGCCACUGUACCUGGUUGAGCUUCUUAACAGCAAGUACUUGGGUGGCACUGGCAAUGUACAAGCCAGAAGAUCUAGGGCUGCAGAGGAGGACUCCGAAACCUCGUCUGACGAGAGCGAUUCAGAGACUAGCUCGACCUCUUCAGAGUCGGACUCUGGAAGUGAGACGAGCUCUGCAUCAUCAUCUUCAGAAUCUGAAGAGGACUCCGAUGAAGAGCUUGAGACGCCCUCAGAGACAAAGGCUCGCUCAUCUGGCCGAAUCGAAUUCAGCACCACGGUACUGGUCUUCACCAAGUCGAAUGAAAGCGCGCUCCGUUUAUCAAGACUUAUCGGCAUACUUGCACCUCAGUUCAGCUCGAUAGUUGGCACCCUUACAUCCACGAUCCGGACCUCGGAACGGCGAAAGAUCCUACGGUCGUUCGCUGCUAACAAGCUGCGCAUCCUCAUAGCUUCCGACAUUGCCUCGAGAGGUCUCGACCUGCCGCACCUCGACCACGUCGUGAACUAUGACAUGCCCACGAGCGUCGCAUCUUACGUGCACCGCGUGGGUCGGACGGCGCGCGCCGGGCGAUCCGGCAAAGCAUGGACUCUGUUCACCAAAAAAGAGGCCGGUUGGUUCUGGCCGGAGGUGGCAGGGCAAGGGAAGAAGGGCAGGGGAUCCGGCGGUACGGUCAAACGGUCAAAUAAGGUGGAGCAGAUCGUCCUCGGAGGUGGCGGCGAUGGCGAUGGCAAGUCGGGGUCCGGCGGCAGAUUUAGUGAAGAGCGCAUUGAAGAGUACGAAGCGGCUUUGGAGAAGCUGGGACAAGAGGCGGCGGAGGGCCGCCGGAAGGGCAAGACGGCUGCUACUUCUAGCUGA